GCAUGGAGAAGGAUGGACGCUUUCCACCCGGGCCCCAACUAUUGGGCCAGCAGGAAGUAGAGAGAUCCAGCUGUGGUCCACAGCCCUUGGAGUCUUGGCUUGGGGCUGCUCUGUGGGGGCACAGAACGGGGCCCAGGGAAGCCUUGCAGCCCCUGGGCCCCAAGCAGCAGCGCCUAGAGGCCUGGGCGGCAGGAAAGGGAAAGGUGACGUCAUUGCCGCCUGGAAUCUGCUGUUUGGAGGCGUCGCCAUGGAGACCGGAAGGCUCAGGGAUCCAUAGGAGGACCUCCUCUAGCCUCUCUAGACUGUUCUGUUGUUCAUACGCACUCGGCAGAGAUGAAGAACUCAGCCUGCCUCACACAAUAAGGGUCUUUUCUGGGAGACUGGACUGCAGAAGCCGAGGUCUGUGCCUUGCAUUGUCUCUGAUGCUCAGAGUGCCUCCUCCAGUGGGUAAAGCCAGGAGUGAUGGGCAUGUUUGUGCAAACACAUGUUUACAGGUAAUUCUCCUUUCCCAUCAGUCCCAGGCCCCAGCUGACACUUGUCCAGGAAGAUCAGCAAGUGUGCACAUAUGGAAGGGAUGCCAGCAUUUGACCAGCUGUCUAAGCACACCAGUAUGGCAAGGUCCAGGCGGUGAGCUUGGUGGGCCUGGUGAAGUUGGGUCCCUGCUACUGCCUGCAUGCUGAAGGUUCUCUAGGCAGGCACCAAGCCUCCAAUUCUUCAGCCGACAUGACUGUGCCUAAGGCCUAGAUGCUCCAUUUACCCUCAUGGAGGCCUGGCCCAUCGCAUGGCCAGGACAGCUGUGGGAGGGGUUGAAGGAAGAAAGCCAGCAGGUGGAAAAACCUCCAUUGAGCUCGGGGAGCCCAUGGAGCCUUGCUAGCUCUAUCUGUCACAGCUGCCCUGACCCUGUGGAUCCGGCUGCUUCAGAAACCCAGUCCUCUUGAAUGGAGGGGAAACCUCUGAGUUUGUUGAGUUUGGAAGCCAGAGAAGCCAGCCUGAGACCCUUCUUGUUUUCUAGGGCUCUUUACUCCUUCCUAUAUGCCCUUUAGUGACAAGUACCUUUAUGUUGUACCUGGCCAUGGCUGCUUCGCUGGGUUCUGUACCUAGGAGUCAAUGCUAGUCCCUGUUUGGGUCUUGAGAUAGCUACAGGAUGCAUUUUAGCAUCUUUGAAAGCACUGGCCACCCAGACUGGUGCCCAGGGCCCCACUAAGAUAAAGAUCAUAACUUCCUUGUUUGUUUGUUUUGAGAUGGGUCUCACUGUGUAGGCUAGGCUAGGCUGGAACCCAGAGAUCUGUUUGACUCUGUUCCCAAGUGCUUGAGUAAAAAAGUGUGUUUUAGCAUGCAUAGAUCAUUCAAGGGCUGUCUAAGUCACCUUCUUUGGAUUACAAUUUGCCUGAUUUGGGUGGAAUAUAACCCCAUGCAAGGAAGUCACUCUCUCAAAUGUCACAUUAAUUUGUAUGGAGUCUGCAUGUGUGCAGACAAAACUAUCUACAGGGAUACAACUAAGUCUCUUUUGUUUUGUAAACAUUCCCUUCAUGAAAUAAUCAGCUGUCUUAAAAAAAAAACCAACUGCUUAUUUUGCUACGCUGAAAAAAGAUUUUUAAGUUAUGGGGAGGCUCAUGGCAUAGUGCACGUACGGAAGUCAGCAGACAAGUCAUGGGAGCCAUUUUUCUCUUUCUACCCCAGACUGUCAGGCUUGAGGGCAACCAUUUACCUGAUGAGCUAUCUUGCCAAUCCCUUACCAGUUGUCGUAUGUAUUGACAGAAGAGAGAGCUAAGAGUGGGAACUCCUCAUUAUGAAUGAAGUCAGAAGAGGAAACUGGGAGCCCAAGUUGUGCUAACACGGAAGGAUGAUCCCCUGGGCACGGUGGGAACACAGGAGCAGAGUUUUGUCUUCAUACUGGGAACUAUCUAGCUUCCAGACUUUGAAUAUCAAGGCCUGCUUUGAGGUAGGAGCAGCUGAGGCUUGCACAGAGAUACCUGACCAGCUCCUAGGUAGGCACUGUGUUGAGUGUUGAGUGUUGGUUUGUGUCUGUUCUGGUCUUACCCAGGAGGUCAGAAACUUGUCGAAAACUGAAGAUAACCCAGGCCACCCUGGGUAUGGCCCUCUUACUUCACCAAUCAGGAAAGGCCUGUGCCCAGGCCAGUUUGAGGCUCUGGGUCUUUUUAGGGGGAAAUUUCUCACUUCUUCACUUAAACUGUCCUUCAGGGUCUGGUUUUGAAUCCUUGUGUCGGCCCCUUUGUUAUAUGUUAGCUACUUUGGGUGACACUCUGCAAGACUGCCCUACUUUGAUCCCAUUGUAUAGCCAAUAUAUGGAGGGCCAGUGUAGUCCUACUCAGGCCGUAACCUAGAUACCUGAUAUGCAGAUGGAUACUUGGUUCCCAGUCCUGGAGGGUGCAGGGUAAGGAUCAUAGCAGCUGCCAGCCUGAGAA